UUGAAAAAUAUGGCUCAGUCACCAGGAACAAAGUUGGUACUAAGUCAUAUGCAUGAUUGGCUUAUUAUACUGCUUCUUGCUGCUAUAGACGGAUUAUUGAACAUGAUAGAACCUUUUCAUCGCUAUGUUGGUAAAGACAUGAUGCAAGAUCUUAUGUUUCCAUUUAAAGAAGACACUAUACCUAUGUGGGGUGUCCCAAUCUUAUCCAUUAUUAUCCCCAUUCUCAUCUUUAUUGCUUUUUACAUGGUUCGAAGGGAUAUCUAUGAUUUACACCAUGCAACAUUGGGCAUCUUGUUUGCUAGCUUAAUAACGGGAGUUAUCACGGAUUGCAUCAAAGAUGCUGUUGGUAGACCAAGACCAAACUUUUUCCAAAGGUGUUUCCCAAACAAAAUACCGGAAUUUGAUAAAGAAACGGGUGAUGUUAUAUGUAAUGGGAUUAAGGCAGUUAUAAAGGAAGGAUACAAAAGUUUUCCUAGUGGCCAUACAUCAUGGUCUUUUGCUGGUCUUGGUUUCCUUUCAUGGUAUUUAUCAGGCAAAAUUAGAGUGUUUGAUCGUAGGGGCCAUAUUGGAAAAUUUAGUAUAGUCUUGCUUCCUUUACUAAUUGCUGCUCUUAUUGGAGUUACACGAGUAGAUGAUUAUUGGCAUCAUUGGACUGAUGUGUUUACCGGAGGUUUUAUAGGAAUUGUUGUGUCUUCAAGCUGCUAUUUGCUACUCUUUCCUUUUCCUACUUUUUCCCAAGGUUGGGCACCUCAUGCAUUUUUUUACAUGUUGGAAGAGGGUGGUGGUGAAUCUCCACAACCAGAUAGUCAAACUCCAUCAUUAGUACGGCAAGAAGACUUCUCAGCGGAGUUGGAUGCAAUGGAAAGUGGAAAACGAUAUAUAUAAUUAGUGAUUUUCUUCAUUAUUUAGCAAAUAGCAACAAUUUUAGUAAGAGUUUAAAUGAUGCGCACCGUCGGUGUAAAUUAAUUUUAUCAUGACAAUCAAUAAUAGUGGUUCAAUCUUCCAUGUCAUAUCAAGAAAGUGGAGUGAAAUGAGGUAACGUGGCAGAAAACAUAGUUAUAAUUGA